UUUAAGGCCUUUUUUGAUCGUAUAUCGUACUGCGCUUAGGUUGACGCCUGCAUUCGUGCAAGUUGACGCUGGUGCGCAUUAGGUGGUCUCUGCGCCCAGUACAGUGCACAAAAUCGGGCCAUUUUCCAAUUUGAGUAGAAAAAACCACAUCCUUCCAACAGUGACAUAAGGGAUACUAUGACUGGGCUGACUACUGUAAAUUGCAUAUAAGUAUUUUUUGCUUUGUUCCUGGACAGAUCUGAUUUGGAGAACUACACCAUGCAGCCGAUCGGGGUCUGGUAUGCCACCCAGACGGGCCUGUAUGCCGCCUUGGCCGGCCUGACUGGCAAGUUCGCCGCCUCCUACAGCGAGGCGCACUGGCUCUGCCUGCUCGCCAGCAAGUUCCUCAUGUUGACCGGCCUGGUGCAGCCGCAGCUGGGCUUCUGCGACCGGCGCGUGAUCGUGUUCCGCGUGGUCGCGUUCCUGCUGACCCUGCUGGUGAACGCUCUGCUGUGGACCUCCUUCACGAAGGCGCUGCGCCACUCGGCCUCCUCGUUGGAGGCCAUCGUCAUCACCACCGCCUCCAACAUGCUGAUCACGGCCGUCAUCAGCCAGCUGCUGUUCGGCGAGACGCUGGGCGUGCUGUGGUGGUCGGGCCUCGUGCUGGUCGUGUUCGGCCUCGUGCUCAUCCACGCCGGCUCGGUGCAGUUGGCGCAGAAGCGACGCAAGCACAGAUGAUGGCUGUGCCGGUGCGGGGCCGUCGCGGCGCUGGUGCGACUGGCGCUGCCGCGCGGCACCAAGAUCCGGCUCUAGCGACGACCCGAGGCGGGCCCGCACCGGCACUGCGAGAGGGGAACUGGUGCGCCUAGGGCGUCGGCGUUACCGGAGGCCGCGCUUGUGUGGCGGCGAUGUCGGCGGCGCACAAUCGUGUGCGUGCGUGGCGCGAGGGUGGGCGCCGGCCCUCGGAGGUUGACUCGUUCGGAGGCAGGCAGCGGUUGAGGAGUAGGUUGUAGACGUCCAACGUGUGGGCGCGGUGGGCAUGGGGAGAAGAUCAGGCCAGUGAGGGGUAGAUGUGUAUAGCGCACCAGCCGUGUCGGCGCGGCGGCAGUUAGGCGCCGCGCUGCUGUUCCUGUGUAGGAUGAUGGUAAAUACGGUACCAUCGAGACUACCGAGGUCACUACUUCUCUUGAAGGCCGCGUUGUGAGUUCGCGGCGGCGAGGUGUUGGGCACGGGUACAGGUGAAGGCGGGGCCGCACUCUGUGCUGUUUUUGGUGCAGGAUGGGCACCAAGUUGGUGCGCGUCUGUCCGAUCCCACUGACUCGUUAUGCCCCAUCGUUGUCUUCUAUGGGCGCCUAUUGUAGCGUUCAAGCCUUCCAUUGUGCUCUCUUAUGGAGAGGGUCGCUGAGCGGAGCUUACCUGGAUUGCGUUGCGUUUUAUAAGCUAACCACAGUGGAUCCUGCUCCACUUUGUCAACACUAGGUCAGUGCGAUCUCUCCGUGGCCUCGGUCGAGAUUUUGCUGGAACAUGCAAGGCACUUCCGAGUCAAAUCGGGAUACUGCGUUGCGCGCGGUGAGGAAGUUUGCCUCUCGCCGCCUGGUUUUUACAGAAUUUUUAUUUUUGUUUGCGGAAAUCGGAGCGGACCAGCUUUUGUGGUUAACCGUUUCAACAUUUAAGUUUAACCAAAAUUCACACUAUGCCCCCCCCCCCCCCCCCCACAAAAGCGACAGAAGACAAAGAUCGUACGCCAAUUGUAACCACGCCGCGGCCGUUCUCAAUUCAUAGCAUCGUUUAGGUGCGAGACCGUUUGCUGUGACUCAUUAUUUGUGUUUGCUAUUGUCUUCAAAUGUCAUCUGCAUACUCAAUGACUCGCUUGUUGCCUGUGUUCUGUACGCGCUUGUCUGAGGCAGGCUGUUGGAUUUUUUAUCGUGUCGCAUAUUGUUUCACAGGACUGAUUUAUAGCCUGCUAGAUGCGGGGUGCACGUGUUUAAGGAACUCGCACGGGCGCAUCGCAUGCAUUCUAGCCUCAACAUAUCUUGCUCUAGUCUUAACAUUCCUUGUGUGUGGGACGCUUACAAUAAAAUACGAAUUUCA